CGCUCGUACGGUAUCAACCCUGCAUUAUAAACGCACCUGCACCAUUGCGAGCUGUCAAAUGACGAUGGAAUGCCAAAAUAGAAAAAAGAAAGCAAAAAACAUUGUUUCGUUUGAAACAAUUUGCCGAAACAAUUGUUCCGUAGCAGGGCCGUGCACUUGUGCUACGUUUUGUUUCUUUUAAUUUAAGUGCUCGUUUGAAAUCGUAACCGCAUAGUUCCGUCGGUUCAAUGAUCACGUUUUGGGGAGAACCCAUCAUUGUGCGUAAAGCAGAUCGCGUAUAGUUCGGUCGUCGGUCGCAGCGCCGUGUUGAACAAUUCUCAGCUCGCGGACAAGAUAACUGUGCAGCACUCGUUGUCAUCAUCGUCGUCAUCCUCCUUCUCCUACAUUGUACGACAAUGACCCAGCCCCUGUUGGGUGGCAAUAGAAGAACAAGCGGACAAGUAGAUAAAACUGUGCAUGGUUUGUAGCAGCAGUUCGGAGUGCUGUCACCGUGUGUACGUACCGUCGUCUCUAAUUAAAUACCAUCACAGGCAGUGGCGGUGUCUGCGCUAGGCAUUGCUGAUAUCCCAUAAGGUCAUUGGGGUAGAUAUUUUCAUGCCCAUCUGUUUGUUUUUUACGCACGGCCAUCUUUGACCGGUACCAUCAUCAAUCGAAGGACCGAUUACGAGCGAUACGCGGUACUGUCCGAACGUCCCCCAAAAUACCAACCUUCUCGCAAUUGUAAGCCCUCAGUCGGGUGGGGGACAUGAGUAGCAGUAGCGCCAGUGCUAGCACGGCCGGUGGUACUACUACUUCGGCCGAUGGUUCCACGUCCUCCUCGUUUUGGCGCAACAACAGCCGCACCAUUCCCGGGCGACCGACAACGGUCGGAGUGAAUCGCAUCGGGAGUGGUCGUCCGAUCGGAUCGGGAUCGUCCGGUGGCAGCUCAUCCUUUCAGGACUAUCAGGACUCCGUUAGCGAUGCGUGGGAUUUGGGCGAUGACGAAUUUUGUAUCAUUUCCGGCGUAGUGGACACGCGCAUAUCAAAACGAGCUUCACAGACGGCGGCACUGAAUGUGAUUAAAACCCAUAAGAGCGGCGCCGCUGGUAGUGGUGGUGGUGCCAAACCCCAGAAUUCCGUCCGCUCGGACACACCGGAAUCAAGCGGCGCAGCUACAAGUGCAGGAUCGGGGCGGGUAGUGGCAGAACAUCCCGCCGAUGAAGGGUCGCACGUAACGGCAGUCAUGCGAAUAGAGAAUUUAGAUAUCCAAACUCAGCAGCAGCAGGGACAACAACAGCAGUCCAGCGAGGGAAUGGGAUACGUAAACGAUCAGCGCCUCCGCCAACGGUUUCAUGCGUACCCGGGACGUCCACAGCUGCUAAAGCUCUCCUCAAAUGUAGCCUCCAAGGAUGUGGAGUGUGAAUCAAAGUACGAAAAGUUUAGCAACAUUCUCGAAGCCCCACUGCUGAACCUGAUCGCGCUGAAGGAACUCAGCUGGUCCGGCGUGCCACGCAAGAUGCGGGCCGUCACGUGGAGGCUUCUGUCCGGCUAUCUGCCGACCAGCCUGGAACGCCGUCAAACGGUGCUGGAACGGAAGCGCGUCGAUUACCAGAAGCUGGUGCAGCAGUACUUCGACGCGGACCGUCGGGACGAAAGCCAGCAGGAUACGUACCGCCAGAUUCACAUCGAUGUGCCGCGUAUGAAUCCGCACGUGGCACUGUUUCAGCAGAAGCUGGUGCAGGAAAUGUUCGAGCGAAUACUGUUCAUCUGGGCUAUUCGGCAUCCGGCGUCGGGGUAUGUGCAGGGUAUCAACGAUCUCGUAACACCGUUUUUCAUCGUCUUUCUGCAGGAAGCUGUAGGAGCGGAUAAAGACCUGGAGCAGUGCCAAUUGGGUGACCUCAGCAUCGAGCAGAGGGACAUCAUCGAGUCCGACUCGUUUUGGUGUUUGUCCAAAUUUCUCGAUUGCAUCCAGGAUAAUUACAUUUUCGCACAGCUCGGUAUACAGGCAAAGGUUAAUCAGCUGAAGGAACUGAUCCAGCGAAUUGAUGGAACGCUUCACCGACAUCUGCAGCUGCACGGUGUCGAUUAUUUGCAAUUUUCUUUCCGAUGGAUGAACAAUCUCCUCACACGUGAACUGCCACUGUACUGCACUAUCCGGCUGUGGGAUACGUAUCUGGCCGAGUCGGACGGGUUUGCGGUGUUUCAGCUGUACGUUUGUGCCGCCUUUUUGUUGCACUGGAGGGAACAGUUGCUUCAGGAGAAAGAUUUUCAGGGACUCAUGCUGUUGCUGCAAAACCUGCCCACACACAACUGGAUGGAUUCGCAUAUCGGAGUGCUGGUGGCGGAAGCGUUUCGCCUUAAGUUCACCUAUGCCGAUGCCCCCAAGCACCUCGAAGCCAAAAGUUGACCCGGAAUGACGCUGGACGGUGGGUACUAUCACAACUACUGUAGAAACUAUUUGUACAAGUUUAUUUGAAACCAUUCUGACCGUGCGUCCGCCACAACUAAAUGGGUGGGUGGGAGGGCUAAAAAGAAAAAAAUGUUCAAUCCACUUCGUGACGGUAUUAUAACACGAGUAGGGAUGAAGUGUGCGAUAAACGGGUGGGACGAUCAUACAUGCAGGAUGCUCUUGUGGAACAAGAGCCGCUUUUUCUACUUCUAGACCAGAGGGAACAACAAGUCAAGAAACAGGUGCUCUCGCGCGGUACUGUGGUUGCGUUUGGUAUUGUUUUUGAUUUUUUUUAUCAAAAAAGAAGGAAAAUCACUAUAGUUAUCGAUCUCUGUAUAAAACAAACAAAAUCAUCGAAUUCAGAACGUUUGUUGUUCGUACCGUUUUUUCCAUUCAGAAUCAAAAUCUGACACCUAUAUACAAACGAAAGUCGCCAGGGUAGAGCAGACGCGCGGGUAGCGGUGAACACAUCGAACGGGGCAGGUAGUGAAAACAGCUGAGUGAGAACGCGAGAAGAACUGAGAACUGCAUGAAGGGUAGGUCAUUUAUGAUUGUGUCGGACACAGCAGAGGAGAACAAAUAACUGCAACCAAUUAGCUAAUUGUAAGAAAGGUAACGAAUAAAUCAACCAAUAUAAGGGACAUCUCAACAGUA